AUGGUGCUGAAAUAUCUUGUAUGUAUCGUCUACUCCGGAAUUCUAUACUUGCUGUCCGGUGAGCCUCAGGCAGCGGCGCCAGCCCGUGUUGGGCGUCUGACGUCAUUAAGCGAACUAGCCAGUCAGCGCCUUUGUUUGGGCUCAUCUUCUCUCUCUCCAGUCUCGAUGGACUUUACCGACUUUAUUUCGCCCUCGCUCUUCCUGCACGCGACGCCAAUCGACGUGCAGCAAGUCGGCAUGUCUCCUGUUGGCUCCAUAGCGAGAAUGCGAUCAAAGUCCGGUUGUCGAACAUGCAGAACUCGUCGCGUCAAAUGUGGGGAAGAACGACCGGAAUGCCAUCGAUGCUCAAGCACUGGCCGCAAAUGCGACUACGUCGCCCUAAUGGCACUUCAUCCAGCACCUCGAGCGUACUCGAUCGAGACUUCUCCCGUGCAGCGGGAACGACGGGCAUUCGAGUAUUACUACUAUCGUGCCGCUCCUGCUCUCUCGGAUGCCUUGGACCUCUCCUUUUGGCGAGGCGCGGUACUCCAGAUCUCGCGCUCGGAGCCGGCAGUCUGGGACGCCGUGGUGGCGCUGAGUACCUUCUAUCGCUUUCCCGUUGACCUACAGGCUGGUCUGCCCCAGUCCCUCGGCCAGGCGCUUCUUCCGCGAACUCGAUCCCAGCAGGAGGGCUUGGGCUGGUACUCCCGCUCACUGACGAGCAUUCAGUCCCGUAUUCUGCGAGGCAAAGCCGAUCUCGCCGUCGCCCUCGUUAGUUGCGUCCUUUUCCUGUGUAUUGAGGUCCUACAGGGCAAUGUGCAGGCAGUCAUGGCCUUGUACCGUCAUGGAAUGCGGUUAAUUCUUUCUGCAUCGACCGAGCGCUUGAAGCACUUUGUCCCACUGGGCUUGGCGGCAGGCGUGUUUGAACGUCUGGGCCCAUUGGCUCAGAUGAUGGGAGGCCUUUCAUACCUACCCGAUCACAGUACGAUUCUCGCCAACGUCCAAGAUGUGCAUGUCUCUUUGGGUGCUGCUCGAGAUACGCUUUACGCUCUAGUGACGAGAUGGAAGAACCUGGACGACGACUGGAAAGCGGUUCGUCAUGAUGCCAAUACGAGACAAGCUGCUGGGCCAGGAGACAUGUUUCGCUCACGCCAAAGUUCCCUGGAACACAAGUUCGUGGCUUGGUAUCAACGAUUCAAGUCGAUGGAUGAGGUGGCUCGAUACAUCGAUGGCUCUAACCCAAAGUCUGGCCCUCUUGCCCUGCACGAGGGGAUUAUCGCGUCGUUGCUGAUUACAUACACGACCUUCCUCCUAUCUACUCAAACCUGCCUUAGUCUCAGCGAGUCUGUGUAUGAUGCUUACGAGUCAGAGUUUGCCCAGAUCGUGGCCCAUGCUCCGGUGGCCCUGACUGCCACAGCUAUGGAAGACGGUCAUCAACCCCCCUUUGUUUUCGACAUGGGCGUUGCGAUGCCGCUUUUUGUCACAGCGCUGAAAUGUCGGAUUCCGUCACUGCGUCGGCAGGCUCUGGAAUUGCAGCUCCGCGGGCCUCCUCGACAAAGCCUAUAUGUAGGUGCUUCGGCCGCUGGGCUGCUUGCUGCCCUCAUCGUGCUGGAGGAAACCCCGGAUUCGACAAGUGAGAUUCGGGCGACAGAAUUAUGGUCUCGCCCAGGAUGUGUUCCACGGGAGGAAAAUCGUGUCGUUGACUUUUCUCUUAUGCCAGUGGGGGCCCAUACACGAAAUUGCAUUCAAUACUCUCGCUGGUGUGGUAGUGGAGAGGAAAGAAAACUCGUUCACCACGUGGUGGCGCUGACUCUAGAGCGUCUGACGCCUCCAUUUACACUUCCACGUGGGUUGUCGUGCUCUUAA